AUGCGUGGGCUCCUGUUAGUGCCUCUGGGCUUGAUAGUCCUCCAGAUCACCACUAUUGCGGCCAUUGGUGCGAGUAGUUCACGAUUGGUGGAAAAGGAAAUUGAUGUUCAUCUCGCUGCUGACAAUAAGCACCUGGAAUCUGGUCUGGGAAAGCCUCUGCGAUUGUCAGGGUAUUUCAAGUUGAACCGCACAUACGAUGCCCACAUGUUUUACUUCUUCUUUGAGGCCGCAUCUGAAAAGAGACACGAGGAGCCUCUUGCUGUCUGGAUGACAGGCAAUUGCCCCCGAACUCACCCUUUUAUAUGGGGUCCUGGCUGCUCUUCUGAGCUGGCAAUCUUCUAUGAGAACGGGCCAUUCAGAAUCAACGAAGAUCUCACUCUGGAUGCAAACGAAUUUGGGUGGGAUCAGACACACAACAUGAUAUUCGUUGACCAGCCCAUCAACACAGGCUUCUCUUACAGCGAGGAUGAGAGGGACAGGGUGUAUGAUGAGAAGGUGGUGGCAGCAGAUAUGCUGGAUUUUCUGAAGGAGUUCCGUGCAGCUCACCCCUCUUACUUUGAAGCGCCCUUGUUUGUCACAGGCGAAUCGUAUGGUGGGCACUAUGUACCGGCGGUUACUUAUGGCAUCUUUGAGCACAAUAAGGUUGCCAAGGAGCCAUUCAAUCUCAAGGGCCUGGCAAUUGGGAACGGACUCACAAACCCAGCGAUCCAAUAUGGCUCGUAUGCCGAUUUUUCAUUUGCCAAUGGACUGAUUUCGAAGAAUGUGCAGUCGACUCUCAACGCUAUCUAUCCAAUCUGCAGAUUUGGCAUCAACGCUUGCAACACCUUGGGCUGGGAUUUUGUGUGCAGCAUUGCACUCAUCUUCUGCCAGGACACCAUUGUUGCACCAAUCCAAGCAGAGGGCUUCAAUGUGUACGACAUCCGCAAGCCCUGCAUCGGGCCGCUCUGCUAUGAUUUCAGCCUGCUGGACCGCUAUCUUGCCCAGGACGAAGUGCGGGAGGCGCUGGGUGUGGGAGAUAGGCCCUGGCAGUCCUGCAGCCCAGAUGUCUACAACGACUUCCUUGGCAAGUUCCUGCGUGAUAUAAUGAGGAACUAUGAGGACAGAGUGAGCACGCAGCUGGAUGCCGGCAUCAAGGUUCUCAUCUAUGUCGGCACAGAAGACUGGAUCUGCAACUGGAUGGGCAACAAGCGCUGGGUGUCUUCCCUUGCCUGGAGCCAGCGCACAGCAUUCGACAAAGCCAAGGAGCAGGACUGGCAGCUUGAUGGCAACAUUGUGGGGACCAUCAAGGCGGCUGGGCCAUUGUCAUUUGUCAAGGUCUACGAAUCUGGUCACAUGGUGCCCAUGGACUCGCCAGCUGCAGCCCUUGACAUGAUCACGAGCUUCACACAUGGAAGGGACAACUCCUCAUCAACUGAGGCAGCAGGACACCCUGCCCUGCAAAUGAAGCUUGAGAAAGUGCGCAGCAGUCACCUGGUGGUGCAGUAG